AUGACUUCUUCGAAUGAGAUAAAACUUGAUAUUAAACUCUACGAUGAAGUUUGGUCGGCAAUGGACUUCAAUCCUGAUCGAAUCACUAGUGAAAUGAAGAAAUUAUUCAUUUAUAAUGAGACUGAGACAAAGAAACACAACCAUAUGGAUCAAUAUUUUUAUUUUAAUACAGCAUCUGCAAAUUUAUCGCCCAGUUUAGGAAAUGUCAGUACAUGUGGUCCCCCCUUUUGUAGUGGUGUUCAGAAUGGGUCGUCGGAUUCAUUAUCAGAUCAUCUUUCACGAACGAUGCAGUCAAUAUUUUCACUAACAGAAAUCCAACAUUUAUUCAACAAAGUGUCAAUAGAAAUUGCAUGGACGGGUGGAAAGUUCAUUCCGAAGUCCUUCUCUGUUUAUCGACUCACCGAUAUCACCGAUCUGCUACAAGUUGACAUUUUCAACAAGCAGCUAAAGGCCGAGCAGAAAAGUGGUGCUACUAUUCGUAGAAUAAAUACGAGAAGCAAAUCAUUAUCCACUUCAGAACGAUACUCAUGUCCGCUUGUAGGUGAAAUAAAAUUGUACUUAGGCAAGGCAUCAUGUCUACCAUGUACUUGGAUGUUCUGUCAUGGACAAGCUCUCUCCCGCAUCCACUAUCAACUUUUGUUUUCUGUCAUUGGUGAACUAUUUGGAGCUGGAGAUAGAAAAACAACGUUUAAUGUACCUGAUUUUCGUGGUCAAUCUCCAGGUAUUUCAACUGGUCAAACUAGAAUAGGACUUUCGUAUAAUGGCACUCAUUCUCAAUCAAUUGCGGGAUCAACAGCUUCAACUGAAAAUGGCCAACCAUUCAACAACAUGCCACCUUAUCAAACCAUUAAUUAUAUCAUUUUUACUGGAUUCUGCGACACUCAUGAUAUGAAAAGGAAUGCCACGCAUACUGUUGCUUCCAUUUCCACUUACCACGUUAACAAUGAAUUGACGCUGCUCAAACCUGCGCCUGUUUUGAGUGCUACUAAACUUAAAGUGGAACCAUCUAGUACGACGCUUAAAUCGACAGUCAAAUAUACACCGAAAACAAGUAUGUUACAUUCAACCAAGGGGGUAAGUGCUGCACCAUUGCACCAAAAUAUGCUCAAAGGUGCUGAAAAGGUGCUGAGGUGCCGAGAUGGUGUUGAAAAGGUGCCGAGGUGCUGA